AUGUCUUCCGAAGACGAGUCGGCCUUUGAAGUCUCCGACGGCUCCGACUUCGAGGCUGAGCCAGUCACGAAGAAGGCAGCCGCGAAGCCGGCAACCACCAAGAAAGCUGCGGCUCCGAAACGCGCGGCGAAGAAGAAGAACGAGCCGCUACAACCCGUCCACAACGAUAGCUUCAUCCGCCAUGACGAAGACACCAUCAUGAGCGACGCAUCGCCACCGCCGGCGAAGGCGCCCAAGGCCGCGCCAGGCAGCUCGACCGACAAGUACCAAAAACUCACUCAGCUUGAGCACAUCAUCAAACGCCCGGACACCUACAUUGGCUCCGUAGAGCGGGACACGAAGCACAUGUGGGUUUUCAACACCGCAACUGAGUCCAUGGAAAUGCGCGAAGUCAGUUUCGUGCCCGGUCUCUAUAAGAUCUUCGACGAGAUUCUCGUCAAUGCCGCCGACAACAAGCAGAACGAUAAGAACAUGAGCGAGAUCAAGGUCAGGAUCGACCGCGUCUCGGGGGAAAUCAGCGUCAGAAACAACGGCAAGGGUAUCCCUAUCGAGGUCCACAGCAAAGAGGGCAUCUACAUCCCGGAGCUGAUUUUCGGUCACCUGCUCACGUCGUCCAACUACGAUGACAACCAGCAGAAGGUCACAGGUGGACGAAACGGUUAUGGAGCGAAGCUUUGCAACAUUUUCAGCACAGAGUUCUCCCUGGAAACGGCCGAUUCUCGCGUUGGGAAGAAAUACAGGCAAACAUGGACGGACAACAUGGGAAAGUGUGGCAAGGCUAAGAUCACGUCACACAAGGGGGACGACUAUACCAUGGUUACCUUCAAGCCCGACUUCGCCAAGUUUGGUAUGGACGGGAUCGACGAUGACUUUGAGGCUCUGGCUAAGCGCCGUGUCUACGAUCUUGCGGGCACGUGCAAGGGCAUCAAAGUAUUUCUCAACGGCGAGCGUAUCAAGCUCCGAACCUUCAAGGACUACAUGAAGAUGUACACCAAAGCGAUCAAGUCUGAACAGGUCGCCAGCGGCGCCGGUAGCGAGGCGGAGAAGGAGGUCAUCCUCACUGAUAAUCCAGACGAGAGAUGGGAAAUCGGCUUCGCUGUGUCCGACGGUUCGUUCCAGCAAGUUUCGUUCGUAAACUCCAUUGCGACGACGUCCGGUGGUACACACGUUGGCUACAUCGCAGAUCAAAUCGUCAACAAGCUUACGGACAUCAUCAAGAAGAAGAAUAAGGGCGGUUUCCAGUUGAAGCCCCAGCAUCUGAAAAACCACAUCUUCCUCUUCGUCAACUGUCAGAUUGUCAAUCCGGCCUUUACCUCGCAAACGAAGGAGCAGAUGACCACAAAGGUCAGCCAAUUCGGAAGCAAGUGCACGGUUUCGGACAAUUUCUUGAAGGCCAUCGCCAAGACCGAGGUUGUGAACAACAUUCUGCAUUUUGCCCAGCAGAAAGCGGACCAAGUGUUGAAAAAGUCGGACGGAGGAAAGAGGAUGCGCAUGAACCACUCCAAGUUGACGGAUGCGAACAGGGCUGGCACAAAGGAUGGCUACAAGUGCACCCUGAUUCUGACAGAAGGUGACUCGGCCAGUUUGCUCGCGUUGGCUGGACGUGCAACUGUCGACCCAGACUUGUUCGGAGUUUUCCCGCUUCGAGGAAAGAUGCUCAACGUCCGUGACGCUUCGAUUGACCAGAUUUCCAAGAACCAGGAGAUCCAAAACAUCAAGAAGUUUAUCGGUCUGCAACACAAGAAAGAGUACACCGAUACUAAGAGCCUUCGUUAUGGACACAUCAUGAUCAUGACCGAUCAGGAUCAUGAUGGCAGUCACAUUAAGGGUCUGCUCAUCAACUUCCUGCAGGUUCAGUUCCCCAGUCUGCUCAAGAUCGAAGGUUUCCUACUGGAGUUCAUCACCCCAAUCGUCAAGGUCUGGAAGGGCGACCCCAAGCAUCCGAAACAGCUCAAGUCCUUCUUCACGAUGCCAGAGUACGAAGAGUGGAAGAAGGACCCCGCGCACCAGAAGGGUUGGGAUCACAAGUACUUCAAGGGUUUGGGUACUAGCAAGCCUGAAGAUGCUGUCGAGUACUUCCAGGACCUGGACAAACACUUGAAGGAAUUCCACACAAUGAAGGACCAAGAGGCGGAACUCAUCGAUCUUGCUUUCUCAAAGAAGAAGGCCGAUGCUCGGAAGGAAUGGUUGCGUAACUUCGUCCCUGGAACUUACCUGGACAUGACGGCUUCUAAGAUCUCGUACGAGGACUUCGUCAACAAGGAGUUGAUUCUCUUCAGCAUGGUUGACAAUCUUCGGUCCAUUCCCUCGGUCAUCGACGGUUUCAAGCCCGGUCAACGCAAAGUCCUGUAUACUUGUUUCAAGAGGAACCUUAAAAGGGACAUGAAGGUCAACGAACUCGCAGGUUUCGUAGGAGGAUUGACGAACUACGCGUAUGGCGAUGCCUCCCUUCAGCAAACGAUCGUUGGCCUCGCACAGAACUUUGUCGGUUCCAACAACAUCAACCUCCUGGAGCCCAGCGGCAACUUCGGUUCUCGCAUCCAGGGUGGUAAUGAUGCUGCCAGCGCUCGUUACAUUUACACGAGACUGUCUCCUAUCGCUCGCCGCAUCUUCCAUGUGGCGGACGAGCCGCUCCUCGAGCAUGAUCAGGAUGAUGGAAAGCCGAUCGAGCCGACCAUGUAUGUGCCAAUCCUUCCAAUGAUUCUUGUCAACGGUGCAGAUGGUAUCGGCACGGGUUGGAGUUCUUCAAUUCCCAACUACAAUCCCAAGGAGAUUGUCGAGAACCUGAAGCGCAGGAUGACGGGAAGCUGCAAGGACGACAUGGAGCGCAUGAAGCCUUGGUUCAAGAACUGGGAUGGUGUGAUCGAGGACAUGGGAGGCGACCGCUACAAAUUCACGGGAAAAAUCCUGCAGACGGGCGACCUCGAAGUGGAGAUUUCGGAACUGCCGAUUCGUGUCUGGACCCAAGAUUUCAAGGACAAGCUCGAGGAGAUCAUCAAGGGUGAAAAGUCGCCGUCUUUCAUCAAGGACUACAACGAGUACCACACGCUGACAAAGGUCCGUUUCGUCAUUAAAAUGUCGGACCAGAAGACGAUGGCCACGGCUCUUGAGAUGGGUCUGGAGGAGCGUUUCAAACUCUACAAGACCAUGGCGACCACUAACCUCGUUGCAUUCGAUCACGAAGGCCGCAUCCACAAGUACGCCACCGAGCUGGACAUAUUGGAGGAGUUCUACAUUCAUCGACUCAAAUACUAUGAGAAGCGCAAGCAGAACUUGCUCGAUGAGAUGCAGAGGGAGCUUGAGAAGCUGAGCAACCAAUCGCGAUUCAUCAAGAUGAUCAUCGAUGGUAAGCUGGUGGUGGCGAAGAAGAAGAAGAUCGCUCUGGUUGCGGAGCUCAAGAAGCUAGGCUUCAAGCCUAUUCCUAAGAACGAGGCGAAGAGGCAGGGCGAGGAGGAGGAGUUCUUGGAAGAGGAUGAAGAGUCCGACGAGCCCGGCGCAAACGAUUACGAUUAUUUGCUAGGAAUGGCUAUCUGGUCUCUCACGCAGGAACGUGUCGAGAAGCUCCUCAGACAAAUCGGCGACAAGGAACUGGAGAUCGAUGUUCUCAUCAAAAAGUCACCCAAGGACCUCUGGAAUGAAGACCUGGAUGCUUUCGUCGAGGAGUAUGACAACCUCCUUGCCUACGAAGCGAGCGAGGAGAAGAAAGCCCGCAACACCAAGGGGCGCCGUGCGUCGGCUAAGCUCCGCAUCGGCGCAGGCAAAGGCGCUAAGAAGCGCAAGGCCGACGAUAGCGAUGCAAUGAGCGACGAGGAUUUCGAGGUCAAGCCGAAGAAGAAGGCUGCGCCGAAGCAGAACAGUGUCUUUACGAGUUACUUCUCAAAGUACACUGACAACGCAACGAACAAGGCCAAGGACUCCGAGAAGGAAAAGGCCACCGAGCCGAAAGCCAAGGCAGCGCAGCCGAAGAAGACGAAUCUUCUUUCGAGCUACAUGGCCAAGCAUGGAAAAGCCAGCGACAAGGACGACUUGGAUGCAGCCAUGGAUAUUGAUGACACUCCAAGUGCUGCGGAUGGAGACAGAUCGGAGGACCAAGCAACGACUGUUUCAGCGGCAUCCAAGAACAAGGCUGCGACUGGCACGAAGGCUGCAGCCAAAGCAAAGAAGGCGAAGAGCUCCGAAGACGACAGCGAAGAUGAAAUUUUCACGGACGCUCCCUCGAAGCCUGUAGCAAAAGCUUCGAAGCCUGCUGCUAAGUCUAAGAAGACCGUCGUCCUUAGUGAGGACGAAGAAGACGAGUUUGAUGAGCCGCCUCCGAAGCCGAAGGCUAAGGCUGCCACUACCGCGAAGCCUGCCGGAAAGGCUAAGAAGACGGCGGUCAGCGAAGAGAGUGAUGAUGAUGACCUGGAUGUGGCUCCAGCCAAGCCAAAGUCCAAGGCUACAGCGAGCUCGAAGGCUCCCUCAAAAGCCAAGAAGACAGUUGUCAGCGACGAUAGUGACGAUGAAGACGUCUUUGCAGCCGUAGCCAAGGAGACGAAGGCGGAGGCAACGCGCAAGCCCCGCGCUGCAGCGGCAAAGAAGGCUACGUACGUCCUGUCAGACUCGGAUAGCGACGAAGAGAUGGCCGACGAUGGUCUUGGCGAUGUCAGCAACUUGGUCAAGGGUAUCGGAGGACCGUCAGGAGCUUCUAGCCGUCAGCUCUUCUCUGCAUCGAAGGCGCGGAGCAAGGGUCCUGGCCUUUCCACUGUUGCAGUUGGCAGGACUAGACCCUCUCUCGAAGAUUCCGACCAUGACGAAUCUCAGACCGACUACACGCUUCUUGCGCCGCAGAUGUCGCCGCAGAGACAGAUUCCACGCACUGCCAACGAGACAAUCCUCUCGGACGACGAAGUCGAUGCGGAAGAUGAAACCCCAGCGAGGCCUACGACUAAGCCGCGUGGUAGGCCUGUGGGAAGCAAGAACACGGCGGCGAAGCCGAAGGCCAGUGCUGUGAAAGCGGCGCCCAAGACGGCGCCGAAGGCUGCUGAGAAGCCCAAGACGCUGAGCCCGGCUGCAAAGGCGUAUGCUAGGGGACGUCCGGCCAGGGCCGCGGCUACCAAGAAGUACACGAUCGAGGAGGACGAUGAUGAGGAUGAGGAUGGCUCGGAGGCCAGCGAAGCCAGCGAGGAUGACUUCGAUGACGAUGACAGCGAGUAG